UCCGGUUGCGUAAUUUGUACUUUGAUACGAUAGAAACGCGUGAUUUUUCAGGUUUGUUGGAAUUAGUUGUGAUGGCAGCGACCCUUGCAGAUUUAUACAAUGACAACAGUAGCAAGUUGGCUGCUUUUGGUUUAGUUGCCUCCGCGUAUGUUUUGUGCAAGUUUAUGUGGACUGUUGGACGUGGGAUUGCCACUUAUUUCGUUGGGCCAGCGCUUGGUCUCUCAGCAGACUUGAAGAAAGCCGGUGCAUGGGCUGUGGUGACUGGAUGUACAGAUGGUAUUGGAAAAGCAUACGCUUUCCAGAUUGCCAAGAAAGGUGUCAAUGUUGUGCUUAUCAGUCGAACCCAGAGCAAGCUGGAUGAGCUGGCUAAAGAAAUUGAAACUAAGUACCAAGUUCAGACGUGCACCAUUGCCGCAGACUUCACGGAUUGUAGCAAGAUCUAUGACAAGAUCAGAGAUGCAAUAAAAGGUCUUGAAAUUGGCACUCUGGUGAAUAAUGUCGGCAUGGCUCUCCCGUAUCCAGAGUACUUCGUGGAGCUUCCAGACAGAGAUCAGAUUCUACAAAACAUGAUCCAUGUGAAUAUGUCAUCAGUUACAAUGAUGACCAGUCUUAUUCUGCCAGACAUGGUUCAGCGAAGACGAGGCUAUGUGAUUAACAUAGCAUCCGGAGCUGCCGAACAACCUCUGCCACUGUUCAACAUUUACUCAGCUACGAAGAUAUAUGUGGAUUACCUUUCUAAAAGUUUGCAUGAGGAGGUGCAUGGGAAAGGAGUAACUGUACAGGUUGUUCGACCUAACUUUGUUGCAACAAAACUGAGUGGAAUUCGAAAGACAAAUUUAAUAACACCAUCUCCCAAUACAUUCGUGAGUUCUGCACUCGCCACUCUAGGACUGUCCACGUCAACAAAUGGCUACUGGAUACAUGCAGUACAGAGCUAUGUGGUGAGUUGGGUCGUGUCAAUGAAGGCAGCUCAUUUUCUUUUUCUACGAAUUCGGAAGGCAGCACUUAAAAGGAUUGCCAGGAAGAACAAGGGAAAUUGAGAUUUCCAUAUAGAAGAUCACAAGUUGAAAUAUAUGACUUUUGUUAUUACCAUUGUUCAGUUGUUGGUACCACCGAAAAUAAAGAAUUCUGAUCACAUUUUAUAUCUUCCCACUGCAAAGAGACUGAAUGAUUAAAGUGACAGACCCUAGUUUUUAAACACUACAACACUUUUUUCAUUAUUAGAGUCCUUUUUGACAAUUUUCAAUAGAAGUUACUUACAUUUUAUCGUAUCAAGUAACCAUUUUUGUACAUCUUCUGUGUGGCUGGACAUCCUUGUGUUUGUAACACACCAAAAAAUACAUUUUUCAUAAUUCUAAAAAGUAACCGUUAUAGAACAUGUUUUAGACUAUUUUGAGAGGGUAUUACCCAUUUCAGCAUCACAGACUCUCAUUUCACUCUUUUGUAAACUAUCCAUGUGUCACAAGUUUGUAGAUUUACCAAACUUAGUGUCAAUUAUCAUGGGUUGAAACUAGGAUCUGUAACUUUUACGACUUGUUUAAGAUAAUAAUAUAUUAAUUCAAGAUUAUAAUGAUUUUAGUUUUUUCUGCAAUUGUGUAGCAUAGAAAAGCUAGGUAUUUUUCAAAUUUUGCUUUCAACAUCAGUGUAAGUAACAUUUAUGCCUUAUUCUAAUAUGACACAGUACAGAUUUGUAGUUGACCUUGAAGUAAAAACAGUUUCUAUUGUUUGAUUCUCAUCAGAUUGCUAAGAUAAUACGAUCCUUGUGUGGGUUUUUUUUUUUAAUAUAAGACUAAGCACUUGUCACAUAUUUUGAGACUUAAUUGUAGUGCUAGUUGUGAAUCAAUCCAGGAUUGUAUGUUUAUGUGUAACUCCUGUGUUGUUGACAGUGAGUGAUAUAUGCCACUUUGGAAGCAGGUGAGGUUAGAAAGUUACAUGCAGCAUGACAACAAUCUGAAAGAUUUCUUUUUUCGCUGGAUUUUUUUUCCUUUUCUGUUGGCCAUUUAAUGCUCUCUUUUUACUUGUGUUUGAUGUUUUGGGGAAGAGUGACUGUAAUAAUCAACUGAAACUGUAUGUAACUGUCAAUGGAAGGGACCACUGAUCAUAAUAUUAACGACAUAAUCAACCAAAGUACUUGUUCAUUAUCAUUAUCAGCAAAGAGAAUACUCAUUGAUAAAAUCCUCUGGAAUUUGUUAUUUCAGUCCCAUUUGAAAAAUGGUUCCUGUUUGGUGAUGCAAAGUUAACAAUAAAGAACUACUUUUCAUGAACCUA